AUGUCAUCUCAGAACAAAGCAAAAGGCAAGAAAACCAACAAAGGUUGUUGUGGUAUUGUGACACGUACAGGAAACUCAAGCGACUAUGCUCGGCGUUACAAAAAGUGGAAGAAGAUAGGAAAACUUAUCAAAUUUGCCUCUGCAUCCUUCCACAACUGUGUGAAAUUUUUUUCAGAACAUAAGAAGAAAAUAGAAGAAUACGACAAUAAGUUGGGUGAUUUAGAAGGAAUUGACACCACUACCUAUGUUGGAGAAAGAAUUGAAUUGAUUGCGACUAGCUACUAUGGAUUGAAGAGUGUAAUUAGCAAAUUACCAGAUCCUCCAGUUACUACUAGAACACCUUUUUUCAAUUUUUAUUUUGGGGAGGAUGGAGAAACAACUUGGCUAAACUUUUGUAGGACAGUAGGUGCUGCUAAUUUAGACGAGUCCUACAAAAAGAUUUAUGAUAGUGUUAUGGAAAUUGAUGGAAAUGUUUUGGUAGAAGAUGUUGAAGCGUUGGUGAAUGUGCAUGUUGAUCCACAAGUUGCUCAAAAAGGUUGGGAAGAAAAAAGAACACUGCUUAAAGCUAUUAAAGAGGUUGAAAAGAAAUACGAAACUCUUGAGAAAGAUAUCAAAACAAACAAGAAGGACUUUGUUCAAAAAAGAGAGACUUCACUUGUUUCAUGGUACAAUGUUGCUUUCGGUUCUGCCAUCAGUUUGUUAAUCGUUAUGACCACUCUUAGUGAUCUCAUUCCCUUCGACACUUUGUCAGGGUUAGGAAUGGACAAACAAAAUACAACUGCUAUCUAUCCAACCUACUAUAGUAGAAAUGACACUACUGUCUAUACAGAUCAUAAUCAAAAUUUCAGAGAUAGCAAGAUAUUGGCUGCAAUAGUAGAUGUUUUAAAUUCAAGCUUUUUCAAAACAGGAGCAUAUGCAGCCUUUUUGACAAUUAUGGAUGCCAUGCUAAAUUCAAUCAACAAUAAGAGUAUAUUGAUUAACAGUGAUACCACCACAAAUGUUCUCGAGGUUACUUUUAAAUUGAUUACGUUUUUUUCUAUUAUCUUGAAUAUUGCUAUUGGUCUCAGUUUUAAUACAGCCAUAAUUUAA